CCCCGGCGGCGUUGAGGGUGACCCCGCCCGUCGCCCCGCCCCUUCCGGCGGCCACCGGAGCCACUUCCGGCGGCGGCUUCCUACCUGGCUCCGCAGUCCCCGGCUGGGUCCCAACCCCUCAGACCUCAUCGGCGCGCCGGGAGUCUUGCUUUCGGUCUCCGGGACCCUGCCCAGGCCCGGGAGGCGGUCCCGCCCCGUGUACCGCAGGGCUGUCUCCUCCGAGGGGUAAAAUGUGCUGCGAGAAGUGGAGCCACGUGGCCGAGAUGUUCCUCUUUAUUGAAGACCUGGAGGAGGAUUACAAGAUCCUUUGCCUCUGCUCCCGGGCGUUCGUAGAAGAUCGAAAAUUGUGCAAUUUGGGAUUAAAAGGCUACUAUGUUAAAGGCAACGGCAACAGUGCAGGAGACCAAGCUACAGAAGAGGAGGAAAGUUGUAAUUUCCAUGACAGUAAAGAAUCAUGUGAUAGCAAAGGCAUAGACCUAGAUGAAAGUGAACUUGAUUCUGAGACUGAACUCAUGAGAAGUAUGGGACUGCCACUUCAAUUUGGUGGGAUGUCUGCACAUAAGAAUUUUGAGGUGUCUAUGAAUACUAGAAAUAAAAUUAAAAUUAAAAAGAAAAAGAAAAAACAUCAAAAGAAGUACUUAGAUGAGAUGAUAAGAGAAUCUUGGAGACAGGAAUAUGAAGAAGAUGACAUUUUGGCCUCAGAUGAUCCAUCUUCAGUUGAACAGGAUGAGAAUACCAGAACACGUCAACUUCAACCCAAAAAAGACAUUGAAACGGAAAGCCUUUCUAUUGAAAAUACAUCAUCGCCAAAGCUAGAAAUUACAGAGAAAUGGGAAAAGUACUGGAAUGAAUAUGGUGGAGGACUACUAUGGCAAAGCUGGCAAGAAAAACAUUCAGAUCAAACCCUGUGUUCCGAACCUUGGAACGUUCCUGAUACCAAGGAAGAAUGGGAACAACAUUAUAGUCAACUUUAUUGGUAUUAUCUGGAACAAUUUAAGUAUUGGGAAGCUCAGGGUUGGACUUUUGAUGCCUCACAAAACUGUGGUACAAGUGUGUGUGGGUCUAAAACAGAAGUUGACAACGAGAAAGAUGAAAAUUGCAUGAAAGCAGACUUACUUUCUUUUCCAUCUUCAUCAAUAGAUUGUAAAAGCUCUAAUUCAAGUGAAAAAGAUCAUAAUGAACUACUUGAUGGAAUUAGUAAUAUCUGUCUGCAUUCAGGGAAACUAGAAGAGAGCCAGUUAGAGUCAUCUGUAAGUUCUGAUGGCCAUCAGCGGCUAAGUGAAGUUAACAGCAGAAGAGAAUGCCCUUCUUCAGGCCAAAGUGAACCAUGUCAUGGAGGAGCCAAGGAAAGCAACUUGUCAGGGAACAGCGCAAAUCAACCAGCUCAAGAUUCACAGAAGUCUUCAGAAGCAGACACAAUCCAAGAAAGACCACCUCCCAACAAGAUGGAUGGAGAUGAGAGUGAAGAAGAUCCACCUGAACGUAAGCCAAGCAAACUCAAGAGGAGCCAUGAGCUGGACAUCGAUGAAAACCCAGAUUCAGACUUUGAUGACAAUGGUUCCCUUCUAGGAUUCAACCAUGGCUCCGGACAAAAAUAUGGUGGAAUUUCACAUUUCAGUCAUAGACGGGUCAGAUAUCUACAGAAGAAUGUGAAGUAUAAGUCAAAGUUCUUGGACAUGAGAAGACAAAUAAAUUUGAAAAAUAAACACAUUUUCUUUACUGAAGACACAGAAAAAACAUGUUUUAAGAAAAGCAAAACUUUGAGUAAGGUAGAAAAAUUUCUAAAAUGGGUUAACGAACCAAUGGAUGAGGAAGCAUCACAGGAGUCAGUUUCUCAUGACGAUGUGCAAGACGAUUGCACAAGCAGUGAUUCUGAGGAACAGGGAGUAUCUGUUACCAAAGAGGAUAAGCCACUGGAGAUGAGCAAUCCAGAGCCUGCAGAGGGUCAUGCCAUAUCUUCAGCUGGUGAACUUGAGACAGAAAUAAAUGAAGGGGACAGCACCGUAGCAGCUGUCACAGAUAAGGAGGAUUGUGUUGCUCAGGAUAUACCAGAUUCUCUUCAGGUGGAAACUGAAGCUGAAAUUAAAAAGAAGAAGAAGAAGAAGAAAAACAAGAACAGGAAGGUAAUCAGUCUGCCUCCUGAAAUAGCUGCUGUUCCUGAGCUGGCAAAAUACUGGGCCCAGCGGUACCGGCUCUUCUCCCGUUUUGAUGAUGGAAUUAAAUUGGACAAAGAGGGCUGGUUCUCAGUUACACCUGAGAAGAUUGCUGAACACAUUGCUGGCCGGGUCAGUCAGUCCUUCGAGUGCGACAUUGUUGUGGAUGCAUUUUGUGGAGUCGGAGGAAAUACCAUUCAGUUUGCCUUAACUGGAAAGAGAGUGAUUGCCAUUGAUAUUGAUCCUGUUAAGAUUGAUCUUGCUCGCAACAAUGCAGAAGUAUAUGGGAUAGCAGACAAAGUCGAGUUCAUCUGCGGAGACUUCCUGCUGCUGGCUCCUCAGUUAAAGGCCGACGUGGUGUUCCUCAGCCCCCCUUGGGGAGGGCCAGACUACGCGACUGCAGAGACCUUCGACAUUAGGACAAUGAUGUCUCCUGAUGGCUUUGAAAUUUUCAGACUUUCUCAGAAGAUCACUAAUAACAUUGUUUAUUUUCUUCCAAGAAAUGCUGAUAUUGACCAGGUGGCAUCCUUGGCUGGGCCUGGAGGGCAAGUGGAAAUAGAACAAAACUUUCUUAAUAAUAAACUGAAGACAAUCACUGCUUAUUUUGGAAACCUGAUUCGAAAACCAGUCUCUGAAUCAUAACUGUGAUAUGGUACAAGGACAGAAAGAUCAUGGAGCAGUCAGAACAUUAUUCAGAGACAAUUGAGAUUUCUUUCUUUAUUCACUGAUCUAUUAAAUCCGUAGUCUUAUGUUACCAUAUAAAAUGGAAAGUUACAGAAGAUUAAUGAAUAUUAAUGAAGUACUUAGAGAUCUUUAAGUAAUAUUAACUGUGUAUUAUACACUAGAGGCCCGAUGCACGAAGAUUCGUGCAAGAAUGGGCCUUCCUUCCCCUGGCUGCCGGCACCGCCUUCGCUCCGGCCGGAGCCACCUUUUCGCUCCGGCCCGGAGGGGCUGGGGCGUUGCGGAAUGCUCGGCGCCUGCGCAUGCAAAUUAACCCUCCAUCUUUGUUGGGUUAAUUUGCAUAGUCACUCUGGUUUGGCUGGUGGGCUGGUGAACGAAGGUAUGUUCAAUUUGCAUUUUACUCUUUUAUUAAUGUAGAUUAGGAUAGUAAGUGUCUGAUAGGGAAAAGGUAGGCUUUCUCUUAUACUUAAUGUCAGUCAGCAUGUGUGUGUGUAUAUAUGUGCCUAUGUUUUUUAAAAAGAUUUUAUAUAUUUUGGUUUAAUAUCUUUGUGUGUGUGUGUGUAUGUGUGUGUAAACAUCAAUUGUGUUAUGUUUAAUAAAGAGGAGAUACAAAGAAAACAAUGAAUGAGUUACAGAGUAUCCACCCAUUUAAUAACCCUGUUGAAAUAAAUAAUGUUAUACUUUUAGGGAUAGAAACAUAAACAGUACAGAAUGGUACAAAAUGAAAAGUAAAAAUCUUCCACCCCCUUCCACUACCCUUCCUUCAUCUAUCUAAAGAUAACAGUACUUUAAAUUCCUUUGGAGGACAGAAAGGAAUUGCAAUAGACUCUGAUACACUUUUUUCCCCUCAUUGAUGCACUGCCCGCUCCCUUCCCCACCCCCUCCGCCACCUUUUUUUUCUUACUGUAUUUUUUACUAGUAUAUCCUGGAGACCUGUCAUGUCAGUACAUACAUACUGCUCUACCUUGUUCCUUUUAUUAGCCAUCUUGUAUUUCAUCUCCUGGAUAAACUGUAAUUUAACCAGUUUCCUAUUGAUGGAAACUUGGGCUGUUUUGAGGUUUUUUGCAAUUAUCAACUGCUCGGUGCUGCGAGUAGAGUGCAUGUUUUCUUCUAUUUCCCCGCUCUGGACAUCAUCAAGCACUUUAAUUUUUGCCACCAUCUGUGUCAGAAAAAUGGUAUCUUACUGUUUGUGAGUGUUUCCAUAAUUAUGAAUGAGUUUUGAUAAUAUUUUCAUACAUUUGGUCUUAUUAAUAUAGUUUUCCCCUUUUAAACUGACUGCUCCUAUCUUUUAUUAAUUUUUUAUUUUUUGCCAUACAUAAAGUUUUCAAUUUUAUCAGUCUUUUUUCUUUGCUGCGUUUGGGUUUAUGCCCUUUAGAAAGAUCUUACCCACUUCCAGAAUAUAAAUACAUUUAUCGCCAUCUUUUUUCCAGAACUUUCUUGUUUUCAUGUCUUUGCUCCACUUGGAAUUUGCUUUUAUUUUAUAAAGUUGGUGUUUUCAAAAUUUCUAUUGCAAAAAGAAUGUGAAAUAUAUUUUGUAAUAAGCUUUAUAUUUUUUUCUAUUAAAAUG